AUGCCCCCCUGGCCCCGCGGCGAGGCCCGCUUGUUUCCUGACGCUUCGGUCCCGCAGGCCCAGCCCAAACACACGGGGACGCCGGGCGGCGCCGCGCCCGCCAAGAUGAUGCUCUUCUGGCUGCGCUUCUUCGGCUACAGGCGCAGCGCGCGGCUGGGCAGGGGCUACCAUGAGGACGUUGGCGCCGCGAGCUACAAGCCGCGGAAGAGCAUCAUGUACGACCCUGAGACCCUGUACUGCGACGAUGGCCUGGCUCCUCUGGAAGACGGCAUCGCCGCUGCGCGGAGGCAGUCGCAUCGGCGGCCGGCGAUCGACCUGGAGCGCGGCACGCGCUCCCUGGACUUGGGCCCAGGGCCGGGUGUGAGGAUGUCCGUGGACUCUCUGUCCAGUCGCCAGAGCUAUAUGGCCACCCCGAUGAGCUCGUAUAUGAAUUUCUACACCAUCCACAGGGGCAGGCAUGCCAAAAUCGUGAGGGCGACGCAGAAGUACACAGGGGCUCGUGUGGCGCUCAAGGUGUUUGACAAGAGCAACCUGACAGCAGGCCAGCGUGAGGACAUUGUCAAGGAGGUCCAAAUACUGCGGCUGCUGAAGGGUGACGGCAUCGUGGACUUUGACAAGAAGUUGGAAGACGAUUGCACCGUGACCGUUGCCCUGAAAGAGUGCACUGGUGGAACACUUAUGAACCGCCUGGCGAUGUCCGGUGGGAGGAUGGUUGAAGAGGCAUGUGUUCGCCAUGUUGUGAAGCCGCUUGUUGCAGCAUUGGCAAUGCUCCACAGCAAGAAGAUAGUUCACAGGGACCUGAAACCAGAACACCUCCUGUACGACGAGCACAGCAGGCUGCAUCUGGUGGACUUCCACUCGGCAGCUAUCAUCGGCAAGAUACCACUCACCGGCCGGGAGGGCACAAUGGCCUACAUGGCCCCAGAGGUCCUCACGAAGCCAACCCCGGACGAGAUAUUCCAUGAUGUCCUCAGCAACGGGAUCUCGGAUUCUGACCUGCCGUCGUACGACGAGAAGGUGGACAUCUGGUCUAUGGGUGUUAUCAUUGUGGAGGCUCUGACUGGCCGGCAGCCCUUCGUGGCCGACACUGCUGAGGCAAUGCUCCGUGCCCAGCAGCAGGAGCUCCAAGGCAGCCGGUUUGGUGGCGUGCUGGACCUUGUGCGCGAUCAGGAGUUUCUGUCCCUCGAGGGCCAGGACUUCCUGUCCUCUAUCUUCAGGCUCAACCCGGGGGAGAGGCCGUCUGCUGCGUCAUUACUGUCGCACCCCUGGCUGGAACUGCUUGGCAGCGAUGAUGGGGACUACCAGAUGGCAUAG